CAACUGAAAAGAAAUCCAGUUCCCAGGGUAGAGGCCUUGACUAAACGUACCCUAAAGCAGGUUACCAGUAACAAGCUUGAUGACAAUGUCAUUCAUGACCUAACACCUAACCAUAGCCGUAUCCCCUUGUUUUACGGGCUUCCCAAAGAUCAUAAACCGGGGGUCCCUCUUCGUCCCGUGAUUUCAGCUUGUGGAGGCCCAACAGAGAAAACAUCUUGUCUCAUUGAACGUGUUUUGAGCCAAUUGCUGAGAUAUGUGCCUACUCACCUACGGGACACCAAACAUUUUUUGGACCAUCUCGCUGACUACCAGCGACAACACACGAUGCCAAGUGACAUCAUAUUUUUCAGCAUAGACGUAGUAAACCUGUAUGGUUCCAUUCCUUUAGAUGAGGCAGUGGAGGCUGUUCGGGAAAAGUUGCAGGAGCAUGUUACUGAUAUCAACAUGUUCGGUUUGACACCCGAUGACGUAUGCACACUCCUGGACCAGUGUCUGAGGAAUAACGUCUUUUGCUUUGACAAAGAUUUCUACAAACAGAAAGUGGGAAUCGCGAUGGGUAACCCUUGCGCCCCUCCCGUUGCUAUCCUCUUCCUAGACAGGCUGGAAAGACUGGCUUUACAAAACAGGGAGGCUAAGCCCGACCUGCUCUUGCGAUACAUUGAUGAUUACGGGGGAAUCUGGACCCACGGGGAGGAAGCCCUGAAAGAUUUCCUAGCGUAUUUGAACUCACUUCAUCCUACAGUAAAAUUCACGAUGGAGUUCACGAAGCAGGACUCGGGGGUCCCAUACCUAGAUACCCUGGUCUCUGUCGUUUCUGACAAUGACAUCACAUUUCUGGCCACUGAACUGUACAUUAAGCCUACCAACUCGGGCAUAGUGCUUCAUUUCUCUUCAGCUCAUCCGUCGUCGACCAAAAUUAGCAUGGCUAGGAACCAGUUUAGAAGGGCCAUAGCAGUAUCGUCGAAUAAGGACAGGGAAGAAAAGAGCGUGACAAAAAUGUGGAAUCUCCUUUCUAGCAACGGGUACCCUGAAAACGUGCUUAGGAGAACUCUAAGGGAAGCGAAAGCUGGGGGCACUAAACGGGGUUCUACAAAAGAGGAUGUAGAUGGCUUCUUGACUCUACCAUAUGUGGACGAGGAAUUAUUGAGCCGGGUGAAAGGUGUGGUGCGCAGGUCGGGAAUGAACAUCCGACUUGCUUGGCGAAACAAAAACAAACUGAAAAACGCGCUAGUCAGGUCAGCCUUCUCACCUCCUCUCUGUCCGGGUGCCAGUCGCGGGUGCUACUGCUGUAAGUGUGGCUUAGCAGGGAGAUGCACGACCAAAAAUGUGGUUUACAGGAUCACGUGUACUCUCUGCAAGGAACAGCCGGCGGUGUAUGUGGGAGAGAGCAAACGUCCUGUCAGACUGCGUUUUAACGAGCAUGUGAGGAACAUGCUGAGUGCGACUCCCGACACCCCCCUCGGAGACCACUUUAGAGUGGCUCACGGUCAGCUGUCAUUAGACAGAGGGGCGGAUCUACCACUUACGGUGGAGAUACUGCACCAGGCUCUGGACUACCCAGACAGAAAGAUAGCAGAGUCCAUCACUAUCAGAGAUUCGGAGCCCUCCCUGAACGAACGUCUUGUGUCUUGGCCUAUCAUAUAAGUGUGUAAGAUAGCGUAUGCAGCGUGUGAAUUCGAGUCAUCGAUCGUAUCGAAUGUCAAAAAGUGUUAUGAUGAGUUAUAUGUCCUGAUUUUAUCUCGUUUUUUUAUCGCUCGUUUUAUGUAUGUGUGUACGGUACAUCGGAAACAUCUUAGCAUAACCAAGGAUGUUCUUCCAUUGAAGUCUUAUGUAAACAAAUACCGCGAGAUGAAUUUCGAAAUAUGAAAAUAGGCUGCCGUCUGUCUGCUGUAACCGUUUUUGUCUUCUACAUUGUUCUUUCUUUCGUUUGAUAAUGGUCUGUUGGCCGAAAUAUCACGUAAAUAAAAAGCCGGAAGCCGCUGUGCCCGACAUAUAACCGACGCCGGCCGGACGGAGGGUGCAGAGGGCGAACGGAGAGCACUCGGCACGCACACCCGCCGACGCGAGGGGAGCGCGGCGCACACCCGACAGGCACGGCGCACCCCCUUCGACCACUUCCUGUGAUUGUCAUACUCAUCACCCGGCCGCUGUCUCUGGUAGAGGAUCGCCGUCAUGCUCAGAGCUCUGGUGUUGCUCUCGCUUUGCGCCCAGCUCUGCUGUGCCCAGUGGCACUACCCCCGGUACAUCAAGCUGCCCGUCGGGAGAGACCCAGACACGGAAUGCCUAGACAAGCAGAUUUACAAAAGAUUUAAAGUCGGAGAAGUAUGGAGCUCCCGCUACUCGGGUUGCAAACAGAGCCACUGCAUCAGGGAAAACGGUGUUCUGUUCAUUGACAGAUUCCAAUGCCCCGCCGUGGCCGACAAGGUCGACUUCAAGAAGCUGAAAGCUGGUAACUUGUUCUGCAGACAAGCUUCGGGUGACCGACGCAAGUCCUUUCCUGACUGCUGUCCCAGGCUGGUGUGCAAGCAUUAUGUCAAUGGCAAGCUGGUACCUUUGCCAGCCCAUAAGUACCCGUAUCUGUAAAAGUGUAUAAGAACCAUCAAUCAAAGCAUUCAUUGAUUGACAUUUUCGGUCAAAUUGAUGUUGUGUGUUAGUGUUUAAAUGUGAUUGACUUUAAAAAAAAAAACGUUUGAGACGUUUAACUACGAGCAAAACCAUGUGAAACUUUGGGAAAAGCGGACACUUGUCCGGACUCCGGAGAUGACGCACGUAAACUUGCUGCUCGACAUAGGGAACUGACCUCCUGGCGCCUCUGCAAUGACGCUGGUAUGUGCUGGCGUUAAUCUGCUCGUACCAUGAGAGCACUUGCACUAGAGGUGGCAAAAGAUGAAAAUUUUGGGAACCAGACUCGAACCAGACCCGGCUGGA